GAAGCAGACGCGGAGGGGACGGUUUCUUAAAAGAGAAACGGCGGGGCGCGCGCGAGGUGGGCCCCGGUGUUCCCGCCUCGCUCCCGGCCUGCGCGCGAGGCCAGGGCGCAGGCGCAGUCGUGAGGGCGGGUGGGGGCGCACAGGUAAGACCCAUGCGGGAGGGCAGCGGCGGGGCCCUGGCCUCCUGGAGCUGCCAGCGGGGUUGGCCAGUCCCUCGCUCCGUGAGCGUCGAGUGCGGCGGCCCGAGGCGGGGUGGGGGCACCGUGCGGCCCACCCCCGACGUGGCCGAGAAGAGCGCCCAGUUGCACGCCAGAACACCAUCUCUGCCCCCCGGAAAGCCGCAAGGCCGGUGAAGUGCCCGCGCCCCCGCCUCAGCUGAAGUCUCCCCUUCAAGUCUCCCGCCCCUUCCCGCAGCUGACACCUGAGUGGGCCGGAGGGCGCGGGCUAUUGUCCUGACUUUCAUCUUGGCCCUGACCUGCACCCGGCGACGCCCCCCACAGCGCCCCGCGCGCACACCCUCUUGUGCACGGCGGUUCGGCUCCAGUGGCGGCUGCUGCUGUUGAAAUAGUUGAGUUCUGCCCGAGGCCCCGAUGAGGACAGAUGAGCCAGAGGGCGGUGGAGCAGGGGGCUCUGCCCCCAGGACCCGCCGGCAAGGAGCAUCCCCUUCCCCUCCAGGCCCGGGUCCCAUGGCUUCCCCAGCAGCGGACGCGUCCUGCCUGCGGCGGGAGAAGCGGAGGCAGCUGGACGCGCGCCGCAGCAAGUGCCGCAUCCGCCUGGGCGGCCACAUGGAGCAAUGGUGCCUCCUCAAGGAGCGGCUGGGCUUCUCCCUGCACUCGCAGCUCGCCAAGUUCCUGCUGGACCGGUACACUUCUGGCUGUGUCCUCUGUGCAGGUCCAGAGCCUUUGCCCCCCAAGGGUCUGCAGUAUCUGGUGCUCUUGUCCCAUGUCCACAGUCGGGAAUGCAGCUUAGUGCCUGGUCUUCGGGGACCUGGGGGCCAAGAUGGGGGGCUGGUGUGGGAGUGCUCAGCCGGCCACACCUUCUCCUGGGAACCUUCCUUGAGCCCUACACCUCCAGAGGUGCCCAAGCAGACCUCUCUGCCACGGACUAGCCCAAGGAGCUGGAGCCCCGAGGCCAGGAGUGGGCAGGAGCCUGCAGGUUUGGAGUCUGCGCAUGAGAGGACGCAAGAAGCCAGGGUGCCCAGGGGGGCGGGACCCCCACCAGAGGCCUUCCUGCCCUCAGGAGAGGAAGAGGAAGACAGUGAGGAGGAUGAAGAGGAGAUGCUCAGCGAUGCCAGCCCAUGGACCUACAGCUCCUCCCCAGAUGAUGAGCCAGAUGACACCAGACCACCCCUUUCCCCUGUCACCCCCACACCCAAGGAGGGAGAAACAGCACCACCCCCUGCAGCUCUUCCUGUUCCURUUGCUACUCCACCCUCAUCCACACACACUGAGGGUGCCAGAGACCCUCUGCCAUCAGAGGCUGGGGUGCAGCUGGAACUCAGUGGGACCCCUCCAGUGGCCCAGCAGACAGAGCCACUGGCCAGCCCUACAAGCCAGGCCUCAUCUGCCCUGACACCGGACUGGGAUGAGGACACUGCACAGAUUGGGCCCAAAAGAAUUAGGAAAGCUGCCAAAAGAGAGCUGAUGUCUUGUGAUUUCCCUGGCUGUGGAAGGAUCUUCUCCAACCGGCAGUAUCUGAAUCACCACAAGAAGUACCAGCACAUUCACCAGAAGUCCUUCUGCUGCCCGGAGCCCGCCUGUGGGAAGUCCUUCAACUUUAAGAAGCACCUGAAGGAGCAUGUGAAGCUGCACAGUGACACCCGGGACUAUAUCUGUGAAUUCUGCGCCCGGUCUUUCCGCACCAGCAGCAACCUCGUCAUUCACAGACGCAUCCACACUGGAGAGAAGCCCCUGCAGUGUGAGAUCUGUGGGUUCACCUGUCGCCAGAAGGCCUCCCUGAACUGGCACCGGCGCAAGCAUGCAGAGACAGCAGCAGCUUGGCGCUUUCCCUGUGAGUUCUGCGGCAAGCGCUUUGAGAGGCCAGACAGUGUGGCUGCUCACUGCAGCAAAAGUCACCCAGCUCUGCGCCCAGCCCCACAGGAACCACCAGGCCCGCUGGAGCCCUGUUGCCGCGGCUCUGCUCCUGAACCUCUGGGGUCCGCUGAAGGCUCUGGUGCUCCAUCAGCAGUGACCUUUCCCCCUCAGCUGGCUUCAGAGAGCCAGUCCCCAGGGACUACACAGGACUAAAAGCCCGGAGGAUAACUGCAGAUAUCUGCUCCCAGAAACUAGGCCACAGGGAGUGCAGGUGGAGGCACGGGCCCUAAAGAGCCAGGCUACUUUAGUCUUCCUGAAGGAAAGAAUAAACGAGUAUUUUACAUGAGCACUUUGGGCAGAGCACAUUUUAGUACCUGAGAUGUAGGAAUGCUGGAUUUCUUUGAUAGCUGGAUGUGAGAGUGUGCCAGCAUGCAGGACAGGUACAGGCCCGUGUCUCUCUCUGCAGGCUCUCACUUGCCCCCACCCUGAUUUCCAGAUUCACUAGGCACUUUGGUAGUCUUUCCUGGGGAGUAUGAACCUACUCUCAUCCUUGAAGAGAAGAGACUGUAACAGUAUGGAGAGAGGGUCCCCACAGAGUGGUGGGACUAGCUAGACCAGGAUGAGGCACAUCACCUAGGUCCUUGGA